AUGACGUUUUUGACGAAGAGUGCGGUGCCUUCUCUGGCACGCUUUUUGCGGGCAGGCAACAUCGGAGCCGUCAGAUACUCAUCGCACAAUGUGUCUGUGCACCGCGACUCAAAGGAGAACAACCCGUCGAUCGCUUUCGAGUUUACACCGGAAAACUUGAAGCGGGCAGAGGACAUUCUUAAAAAGUACCCUCCGCAAUACAAAAAGAGCGCCGUGAUGCCCUUGCUGGAUCUUGGCCAACGCCAGCUCGGGUUCUGCUCGAUUUCAGUCAUGAACUACGUUGCAAAGUUCCUGCAAAUGCCCCCGAUGCGUGUCUACGAGGUCGCAACUUUCUACACCAUGUACAACAAGCAACCUAUGGGCAAGUACCACAUCCAGGCGUGCACUACUACCCCCUGCCAGCUUUGCGGCUCGGACGGCAUCAUGGAGGCCAUCCAGUCCCACCUUGGUAUCCAUCCUGGCCAAACUACUCCAGACAAGCUUUUCACUCUCAGCGAGGUCGAGUGCCUAGGUGCUUGUGUUAAUGCCCCUAUGGUCGCUGUCAAUGACGAUUACUAUGAGGAUCUGACGCCAGAGUCUGUUAUCAAGAUCCUCGACGGCCUCAAAAACGGUGUCAAGGUCACCCCGGGCCCCCAGGACAAGCGUAAGGGCUGCGAGCCGGCCAGCGGCCCCGACACUCUUACCGGUGACAAGCCUGUUAAUUUGGCUGAGUUUACUCGUGCAGAUCUGUAA